AUGGUGGUUGCGAUCGGGUUUGAGGGAAGCGCCAAUAAAAUUGGCGUUGGCAUCGUAAAGGAUGGCGAAGUGUUGGCAAACGAGCGCGAGACGUAUAUAACACCGCCGGGUGAAGGGUUUCUUCCCAAGGAGACCGCCCAGCAUCACCGGUCGUGUGUGUUGGACAUUUUAAAACGCACUCUGGACGUGUCCGGACUGUCACCACAGGACAUCGAUGUGGUGUGUUACACCAAAGGGCCCGGCAUGGCUCCACCAUUGCUGGCUGUGGCCAUCGUAGCCCGAACGAUCGCACAAAUCUGGAACAAGCCCAUCCUGGGGGUGAACCACUGUAUUGGGCACAUCGAGAUGGGUCGCUUGAUUACCAAAGCCGCGAAUCCGACGGUGCUGUACGUGAGCGGUGGCAACACGCAAAUCAUUUCGUACGCCUGCAAACGGUACCGGAUUUUCGGUGAAACGAUCGACAUAGCGAUCGGCAAUUGUUUGGAUCGUUUCGCACGCAUCAUCCACCUUUCGAACGAUCCGAGCCCUGGCUAUAACAUCGAGCAGAUGGCGAAGAAAGGGCAAAAGUACGUGGCGCUCCCGUACUCGGUGAAGGGUAUGGACAUGAGCUUCUCGGGAAUUCUAUCGUUCAUCGAGCAGAAGGCCCGUCCCAAGCGAAAGCAAAACAAGCGUGCGAAAGCGGAAGAAGGCGAACAGUGGACGGAUGAGGAUUUGUGUUUCUCGCUGCAAGAGACCCUGUUCGCGAUGCUGGUAGAAACUACGGAACGUGCCAUGGCCCAUACGGGUUCGCAGGAGGUGUUGAUAGUCGGUGGCGUCGGGUGUAACGUGCGGCUGCAGGAGAUGAUGGGCAUCAUGUGUGAGGAGAGGGGCGCCAAACUAUUCGCCACCGAUGAGCGGUUCUGCAUUGAUAAUGGCGUGAUGAUUGCACAUGCCGGUUGGGAAAUGUUCCGCAGCGGAACGCGAAUGGCUUGGAACGAUGCAACCAUAACGCAACGCUUCCGAACAGACGAGGUGGAAGUAACGUGGCGAGAUGAUUGAU